UGUGUGCGUGAUCGUGGCUGUUAGUGCGCGAGAUGGUAAAGUUGUUAUGAUCAGGAUAGUAACACUUUAGCUAACAUCUGCACCUGCUUCAGGACGACAGUCUGAGGAGUGAAGCACCAUGAGUCUGCGUCUUCAUGAUCUCCUGGUCUGCUGCAGAGGGCUGGAGAAUGACAAGGCCACAGAGAGGAAGAAAGAAGCUGAACGCUUCAGACGGCUCAUUCGAUCCAAAGAGGUCAUGCAAGAAUUGGAUCAUACCUCAGAGAUUAAAGCUAAAAGAUCCAAGCAACUCACAUGGGACGCUGUCUUCAGGUUCUUGCAGCGUUAUGUCCAGAAGGAGACUGAGAGCAUGCAGUCGAGUAAAUCCAACAUCACCGCCAGCACACUGGCCACACGACAGAAGAAGAUGGCUGAAGUGUGCAGCUUGGUUAAACACUUUAUUGGCUAUGCAAACAAACGUGGGCCUCGUCUAAAAUGCAGCGAACUGCUGAAACACGUGAUGGAGGUGCUGCAGAGUCCGUACUGCUGCUCAGCAUACGGGGAGUAUUACAGCAGCCUCCUUUUAAAGGACGUCCUCUCUGUCCGCAAGUACUGGUGUGACAUCGCCCCGCAGCAGUGGCAAAGUCUUUUGGAUUUGUACUGCUGCUUGUUCAACUCUUCAUCCAAAUCCAUCAACAGUGUUUUGCUGAGCAGAGUCCUCCACGCUGUGGUGAAGGGCUGCUGCAUGCAGACGGAUGCACUCAAUGACUCUUUGUUCAGCUUCUUCUCCAAAGCUCUGCUCAGUGCCAGGCAAGAGAAACACUUGACUGUUUUGGAGCCCCUCGUCUCAGCACUGAACAUCUUCUCGAGAUCCGCCGCCAUUAACUAUCGGAUGAGACUCUGUCGUCUGGGGGAGGAGCUUCUGCCUUCGUUGCUGUACGUGUGGACGGAGAUGAGGCCGAGCCCACAGCUCAAAGAGGAGAUUGUGGAGUUCUUCAGGCUGCAACUCUGUGUUCAUCACCCUAAAGGAGCAAAAGCACAAGACACAGGUGCUCAUGCAGAGGACUGGAGCAGGUGGCAGAGUUUGCUGUUUAACCUGUACGAUGCUCUGGUCCGAGAGAUCAGUCACAUAGGCAGCAGGGGGAAGUAUGUCACAGGAACCAGAAACAUAGCCGUCAAAGACAAUCUCAUUGAGCUCACGGCUGACAUUUGUCACCAGCUGUUCAGUGACGACAGUGAGAGUCAUAUGUUGGAGGUCACCCCGGCGUCCCUCAGGGCCACACAGAUGGGCAGUCCCAAUCAUGGAGCAGCCAGCAAGCGACGGCGCGUCGAAAUAGGAUGGGACGUCGUUCGAGACCAUCUGCAGCCUCAGCAAAGUGACUUUGAUGUCAUACCAUGGCUGCAGAUCACCACAGUGCUUGCCUCCAAGUACUCGUCCAUGAUUCCCAGUCGGGAGCUAGUCCCGCUGCUGUCAGUAUUGCAUCAGCUGCUGGCGGAGCAGCGCAGGGGGGAGAGGGGGCUGUAUGUGCUGCGCUGCCUAAGGGAGGUGGCCCACUGGCAGGCUCACUGCUCGCAGAGAACACAGCCUCAUAGGUCCGAGCUCAGCCGACUCUGGGUUCGGAUAUGGGCCCUUGCAUUGCGGAGGGUCAGUUCGCCGCAGGCCGAGUCCCUCAGCCUGGAUCUGCUGGCCUCCAUUGUUUGUGGUGGGCUGAUCGAUGUGGACAGAGAGUUCUGGAAGCUCUUCUGCGCAUCUGCAUGCAAACCCUCCCAGAGUGCUGCUCUGUGUCUAGCCCAGGCUAUGCUGAAGUGUCCAAUCCCAAAUCAGCUCACGUCAAGCUCAGGUUGGGACCAUAUGGGAAGCACUGAGGGGUGUGUCUCACCUAAUCUGAAGGAGACCCUUAUAGCCUGGUUGCUGAUGAGUGACCAGAACGAUGAGCUGGAGGACAGCUGCAGACCUCACCCCAUCAUCUGCAGAGAUUUUCCUCACAGUCUAAUUGCAAACAUCUUGGUCUCACUGACCCUGAAGGACACAAGAGUUGGCCUGAAGUUUCUGCUGGAUUCUGAGGGAGCAAGAUGUGCCUUUUUUCAAGACAAAGUCUCCUCAGAUGCCAAAGACAACCUGGAUGCUAUUGAAAGUGUGUACCAGCUGUUUAUCUUCAGCGCGCUGCCUUCAGAGAUCAGAGGAGCUGAUGACGAGUGCGUGAAGACGUUGUCCGCUGACAACCAGUUUGCUGCUGUUCCGGCCCUCAGAAACAAGCUGGAGAAGCACCUGCUCUCCAUGGCUGACAAUCUGCUUAACUGCUACUCUCCUGACUCACAGUCCAGUCCUCCUGAGUGUCUGGUGCGCUGCAGCGGUCUGCUGAUGGGUGUUCUAGCAGGUUACAUCUCCAUCGGGUUUCUGAGUGAGGAGGAGGCCUGCUGCUCCCAGCUCUUCACCAAAACAAAGGAUUUGGCCCAAGAACUGAGUGGGUUUGUGUCCAGUGUUAAAGUGAAAAUGACUGAGGAGGGGGUUGUGUCCACACUGAGAUCAGUUAUGAAGCUUUGCACAUUGUCCACUUGCAAAAACCCCCAGGAUCGUCUUGGUUCCACCUCCUCUGGUUUGUUCAUAAUGACUUUCCCUGCCAGCCUCCUCUGUGAGCUGGCAGAGAUCUGCAAACUGCUGUUAAGAAACGUGUCACGGAGAGUCAGUGCUGUUGACGAUGAUGAGCAUGACGAUGACGACAUGGAAACUUCCAGAACCCAACACACCGGGACUGACCUGGACCUGUCAGAUGGUGAGGAGUCCUGCAGCAGCACCAAUGGCACCCACAGACAGAAGGGAGACAACACGGACACCUCCUGUGGACCAGGUGCAAAAAGCCUGCUAGCGGAGGAUUACUUGGCCCAGCAGGACUUGGCUCUCAUUGCAGUGUUGGAGUUCUUAUGCGAGUGUGGUUCUGUUCAGCCCGUCCAUGGUCUGCUUUUUAAGCCACAAGACGUGCGGCGCAGGUUGUUGCUUUUACUGAAGCAGAUAGACUUCAGCAAAGCCCUGCACCUCAACAUGUAUUUGGUCCUGCUGAAAAAGCUUCCUGUUGAAGACUCGCUGUCUCCAGAGGAAUUUGAUGCCCUGCUUCGUCCUCUGGCGGACUUGUGUUCUUUGUAUCGUCAGGACCAGGACAUCUGUUCUGCUGUCCUGCUCAGUUUGUUACCUUCCAUAAAGAGUCUGGGGAAGACUGACCACAAGCAGGAAGAGAUGAGACAUGUCCAGGGCUCUCUGCUUCAAGUCGUGUCUGGCUUCUGCAUCCUGAACCAGACGGGGAAAUGUGUGGCAGCUGUGCGAGUUGCUUUAGUGCAGUGUUUGGUUGCUUUGCUGGAGGCUGACCCUUGCUGUAACUGGGCGAUCCUGAGUCUCAGAGAGGCUGAAGCAGAGGACGACCCCCCCGUGUCUUCUGUUCUUCCUUCUUACCUAGCCGAUGCCCACCAUCAAGUUCGCAUGCUGGUAGCCGUAUCAGUGGAGAGGUUAUUUCUUGAGACGGGACCGAAGCAGCCAAACAAGAGAAACAUGUUGCCACUAAAACUCCAACAAGCAGCUUUUGAGAACAUUUACCUGAAGGCUCAGGAGGGGAUGAGGCUCUUGAGGAGCAGCUCUGUAGAGGAUCAACAGGACGAGACGUUCAACCGUAAAGCGGCGCUGCUGAAGAGCUUGUCUGUCGUGCUGUGCUGCAGCCCGGUUUGUGAAAAACAGUGCCUGUUUGCUCUCUUCCAGUCCUACAAGGAGAACGACAUCGAGGAAGAACUCAUCAAAAAGAUGUUGUGCAGGGUCUCCAACGUGUUGGGCUACAAGAGCGUAAAAACGUUUGUCAGCUCUCAUCUGUACUACCUGGUAGCCGAGUGGCUUUCUCAGAGGCAAUCUGACGACCGCUACACUCUCGGCUCUUUCCCCUACAGUCUGCUGGACCACGACACAAUCAAAGACUUUUAUAAGUCUUCCUAUCAGGUUCUGAUACCCCACCUGGUCUUCCUGGAUGACUUUGAGCAGGUGAAGUCCAUGGGCCGAUACCUUGAGAGGGACUGGACGCUGUUACUGGCUGACUGUUUCCCUAAGAUCAUGGUCAACAUCCUGCCAUACUUCGCCUUGCCGGGUCAGGAUUCACAAGUUGCACAGCAGAGAGAGAAGGCCCACAGAGUCUAUGACCUCCUGAAGGACGCCAGCUGUUUGGGUAAACAGCAAAUUGACAGCCUGAUCCACAGUAACCUGGCAGACAUUGUAGUGGAGCUGCUGAUGACUCUUUAUGAAGACGGCAGAGCACAGGGAGACACAGGAGAUCUGAAACGCUUUAUUGGAGAGUUGGAUCCUGUACCUAAUCCACCAUACUUCAGCUCACAUGUCAUCAAAUCCACACUGGACUACCUCAGCAGGUGUCACAGUGCCAACCACAAGUCACUGGUAGCCAUUCUGUCAAAAACCCCGAUUUCAAUCCAGAGGAUUCUGCUAGCGUUGUGCGAAAAGGCAGCGGAGACGACCAACAGUUACGAACGACACCGCAUCCUCCUCAUGUACCAUCUGUUUGUCAGCCUGCUACUCAAGGAGGUGAAGGAUGAUCUGGGAGGAGCCUGGGCCUUUGUCCUCAGAGACAUCAUCUACACCCUCAUUCACCACGUCAACAGCAGGCCACUUCAGUGUGACGAGGUGUCUAACCGAAGCCUCUCUCUGUGCUGCGAUCUGCUCACCUCUGUGUGUCAGGUGGCACUUCAGUUCUGUGAUGACGCCCUUGACCCCCACCUGCAGGUCAUUGUGGGAACUCUUACCACUCAAGUGAUCAGUCAGUCGUUUGUCUCACAACAGGACAAUGAUUUUAAACACAGCAACAAAUCCACAACAGAACAGCUGAAAAAGAAUCUAAUCAAAAGCAAUGCGGCAGCAGGCAGCUGUCUGGGAGAACUGGGCCCAGUUGACUUGUCCACCAUUGCCCUCCUUCACGGCAGAGAUCUCCUCUAUGAAAAAGCUGCGUCCCUUUUGAGCUGUACGGAGUCGCAGUGCGUUUACAUCGUCCUGCACUGCAUGAACGAGGCGCUCACACAGCAGCGUAUCGAGGUGAGGCGGGCCGCAGCUCUGUGUGUGAAGAACAUCCUGGCUACUCAGUCUGGAGUUAACUUCUGGGCGGAGCACAAAGAAAACAGAGACCCCCUGCUGGUUUAUCUUAAUAUUUUCAGAACAGCCAAGAAGAAGGUGGCUGCAGUGAGUGCUGAGGAGAGUGUGGAGGCCAAGAAGAAGCUGGAGAGCCAGGAGUUUUGGAUUCCCCAAUCAGGUGGGCACCAAGCCUGGCUGAAGGCUCUGUGCACGGCCCUGCUGGACAGUGGGGGGGUCAGGAGCGAGGUGCUACUGCUGUCACAACCACUGUGUCUGGUGAUGGUGGACUGCUGUCAGAGGCUACUGCCGCUCAUCAUCCACUCUAUCCUUUUGGAAGACCCCAGUGGUUCAUGGAGGGAGCUGCUCUCCUCCCACAUCCGGGACUUUUUCAACUUCUGUUCCAGAAAUGCUCAGGCCGCCAGUCGCUCUGCCACACCACUCCACUCCGACUCUGAGUCCAACACUGUCAGCCUAGGCUUGUACGACAAGACUUCUCUGCGUACCAUGCUUGCUGUUAUAGACUAUCUGAGACACCACAGGAGACCACUGGAAGCUGACAGGGACUCUUGUGGCACAGUGUGUGACUCCAACUUCUGGCUGGAUCUGAACUACCUGGAGGUGGCCCGAGCUGCUCAGUCCUGCUCUGCACACUUCACCGCUCUGCUGUGCACAGAGAUCUAUGUGGACAAGAUCAAAGCCAACAGGGAGGAAAGUUGCAGAACCAAGUCCAGAGCAACUCGCAAGCUCAACUUUGAGGAGCACAGCCAGAACUUCACCAUCUCCAGUCUGACAGAGAAGAGUAUGGAAGACACAAACAUCAGUCUGCAGGAGCUGCUGAUUGAGGUGUACCGCAGCAUUGGAGAGCCCGACAGUCUGUACGGCUGUGGAGGAGAGACCAUGACCAGUCCUCUGACAAGGAUUCGAACAUAUGAACAUGAGGCUUUAUGGGGAAAAGCCUUGACCUCGUAUGACCUUAAUACUGCUCUGCCUGAGGUCACUCGACUGGUUGGAAUUGUGGAGGGUCUGCAAAACUUUGGUCUGAACAGCAUCCUCACCACCUACCUGCGGGGUUUGGAGGCUGAGGGGGUGGAGUGGGGAGCUGAGCUGAGAGAGCUCCGCUUCCAGGCAGCCUGGAGGAACACCCAGUGGGACUGUGAGCUGUCAGAGAGGAGUGGUAAAUCCAUCCCCGGCUUCCACGAAUCGAUAUUUUGUGCCGUUCAGGCGCUGAGGGACAAAGAGUUUUUUAUAUUUGACCAAACUCUGAAACAAGCCAGAGGCGCUGAAGUGGAGGAGCUCUGCAAAGGCAGUCUCGAGGCUGUGUCUUCUCUGUAUCCGGCCCUCAGGAACCUGCAGAGCAUCAGUGAGCUGGAGAGUGUUAAACAGCUCUUCUCCAGGCCUUUCUCAGAUGUGGCUCUGAGUGAAGUUUGCAGCCAGUGGCACCAGCACUCUCAGCUGCUUGUGGACAGUGAUUUUGCUGUGGUGGAGCCUAUUCUAGCUUUGCGUUCUGUGACCCAGCACACCCUGUUAUCCAAGUUAGAAAAUCCUGAGAGUGACCAGGAUGUGAGCUUUGUGCUCACAGACCAUCUUACGGAGCUCUGCCGUUUGGCUCGCAAGGCUGGAAACACACAGCUUGCAGAGCGUGCAGUUUAUCAGAUGAAGCAGCAUGGUGGUGGAGGGACCUGCCCAGUGCCGGUAUGGCAGCUGGACGAGGUCCAGGUGUUCUGGGCAAAGGGAGAGCAGGGUCUGGCUCUGGGGCUGCUGAGACAGAUGAUACACAAUCUUGAAGAAAAGGUGGAUUUUAAUCCAACUCUGGUACCACUUUACUCUGAGUGCCUCAGGCUGUGUGGUAACUGGCUCGCUGAGACCUGCCUGGAAAGUCCUGGAGUUAUACUGGAAAAGUACCUGGAAAGGGCAGUGGAGGUGAUCGAGGGGGAACUGAGGUCCCAGGACUUCAGGCUUCAGAGCCAGCGAACCGAGGCCUUCCUGUCCUUGGCUCGCUUCUCUGAUGCUCAGUACCAGAGCAUUGACAAGUACAUGAAUUCUUCUGAGUUUGAGAACAAGCAGGCGUUGUUGGAGAAGGCCAAAGAGGAGGUGGACCUAAUUAAGGAGCAAAAAGUGACCAACAGAUACACUGUUAAGGUGCAAAAAGAGCUGGAGCUGGAUGAAAAGGCCUUGCAGAACCUGCAGAAGGACAGACAGCGCUUCCUCUGUAAGGCAGUGGAGAACUACAUCCAGUGUUUGGAGCAAGGCGAGGAGCACAACACCUGGGUGUUUCGGCUGGCUUCACUCUGGCUGGAAAACGCAGGCAUCAAAGUGGUUAAUGACACAAUGAAGAAGAGAGUGAAGCAAAUUCCUUCCUACAAGUUUCUGCCACUCAUGUAUCAGCUGGCCGCUCGAAUGGGAACCAAGACGACCACCAGCGUCUCUGAGGACACUGGCUUCCAUGAUGUCCUAAAUGAUCUGAUUUGCAGAGCGUCUUUGGAUCAUCCUCACCACACACUAUUCAUCAUCUUCGCCCUGGUAAACGCCAACAAAGACGAGAAUUUUUGCAGGACACGAAUGCCUAAGAAUUCUCCACGGCAGGCAUCACAGUUUGAUCUGGAGCGCUCUAAUGUGGCACGCAAGAUCAUCAGUGUAGUCGGUAAAAAACGAGGCGUCAUGGUCCGAAGCGUCGAGCGCUUGUGCGACGCCUACAUCUCUCUGGCUUACAUGGACGCCAGCAAGCACAAGACUGAGAAGAAGGCCAUUCCCAUCCCUGCUGAUCAACCCAUCAUGCAAAUCAAAGACCUCAGGGAGGUUGUCAUCCCAACCAUGGAGAUCAAGGUGGAUCCGUCUGGUUGCUACGACAACCUGGUGACUGUCAGGUCCUUCCUGCCUCACUAUCGGCUCGUCGGAGGAAUCAACCUGCCCAAGAUCAUCGACUGCUCCGGCUCUGACGGAACGAGCAGGAGACAGCUGGUCAAAGGUCAGGACGACCUGCGGCAGGACGCAGUGAUGCAGCAGGUCUUCAGCAUGUGCUCCAUGCUGCUGCAACGAAACACUGAUACUCGGAAGAGGAAGCUCAACAUCAGAAGAUACAAGGUGGUACCGUUCUCGCAGCGCAGUGGGGUGUUGGAGUGGUGCUCUGGCACGGUGCCCAUUGGGGAGUUCUUGGUGGAUCCUAACAAAGGAGCCCACAAACGCUUCAGACCACAGGACUGGACCGGCAUGGCUUGCCGCAAGAAAAUGAUGGAGUCUCAGAGGCUGGCGUUUGAUGAGAAGCUGGAGGCCUACAGUGAGGUUUGUAGGAGGUUCAAGCCGGUCUUUAGGUACUUCUGCAUGGAGCGGUUCCUGGAUCCUGCAGUGUGGAUGGAGAAGCGGUUAGCCUACACUCGCAGUGUGGCCACCUCCUCCAUAGUUGGCUACAUUGUUGGUCUGGGCGACAGACACAUCCAUAACAUCCUGAUCGAUGAACAGACCGCUGAACUAGUGCACAUUGAUUUAGGGGUGGCUUUUGAGCAGGGUAAGAUCCUCCCCACCCCUGAGACUGUCCCCUUCAGGCUCUCCAGAGACAUUGUGGAUGGUAUGGGCAUCACUGGAGUGGAGGGAGUUUUCAGAAGAUGCUGUGAAAAGACGAUGGAGGUGAUGAGGAGCUCCCAAGAAGCUCUGCUGACAAUUGUAGAGGUGCUGCUGUACGACCCUCUGUUUGACUGGACCAUGAAUCCCCUGAAGGCCUUCAACCUGCAGCACGACGAGCAGCAGGAGCUCAACGCCACCCUGAACUCCACCAUGGGAGGAGGUGACCUUGACAGCCAUCGUAGAUCCAGCGACAGCCAGAACUUCAACAAGGUGGCGGAGCGAGUGCUGCUGCGGCUGCAGGAGAAGCUAAAGGGGGUGGAGGAAGGGACGGUGGUCAGUGUGGGGGGGCAGGUCAACCUGCUCAUUCAGCAAGCCAUGGACCCAAAGAACCUGAGCAGACUCUUCCCAGGAUGGCAGGCCUGGGUGUAA